AUGACCUCGAUACCCGACGGAGAAGACAAAGAGGCCUCUAAGGAGACCUCUGGAGCACAGCCAGUUACCAUGGACGAACCUUUCCCGGAUUCAUCCGCCAUUGACGAUGAGGUUAUCGACCUCUCCCCCGGAAUCGAUAUCGAACCUGACGCUGAACCUCGCUUGGGGGCCAAACGAGGCGCAAAGCUAUCUAUACCUUUUGGACCGUCGCAAACACCACCACAAACACAGUCGCAAACACAGUCGCAACCUCAAAAUCAAAAUCAAAGAACGAAAUCAGGCCUCGAAAUGGCUUUUGAGAAGGGCUUACGUAUCGAUACGGCGAUUACCGAUAGAGAAGGCGACAAUGGUUUCGCGCCCGAUUCACUUAGCUUAUCGCAGCUUAAGAAGCUGGUAACUGAAAUGCCAAAACAGAAGCAAAUCGAGUAUGCCUUCAAAUACUCCGACACCGAUACCCUACAGAACGAAAUCGAAGAGUGGUUCCCGUACAUUGAAACUGACCGGCAGCUUGUCCUCGCAUGCAAACGCCAAUUCCAGCGCAUAUACACAGAAGUGCCUUGGACAAGAUCAUCUGCAACCCGAAAGAAGAAGUGCUUGAACCGUCUUGUUGAGUACAUCGAGUCAUCAUCCCAGGACCAGCGAAUAGAAGCUCUUUUGUCUGUAUGCUACGUAGCACAGGGAGUAUACGGCGAAACGCGAUCAAUAGACCAUCAAAUCCAUUGGAUAAAGGAGAAUUGCAUGCUCAUCCGGCAGACAUCCAUACUAGACCCGUUAUGGAGCUUAAUCAGGAUGAGAAUAUCGAAGGAGUGGGAGGACCGGGAGCCGAGCGACGAUGAUAUGCCGCGACAAGUCGAUCGUAGAGAGUUAAGACUUUGUCUAACCAUAUUAUAUCUGUUGCUGGAGACUGGCCGCGACGAUGAGAGAUUUUGCGAAGAAGUUGCUGGCCUUGAGCCUAAUAUAACCCUUUUCAUUGUCGAAAAUGUGGCUAAGCUCCGCUGGGAAGAUGCUCCUGGUGUUCCUUUGCAAUCAUUCCUACUACUACUUUGGAAGAUCCUCCUAUGUAUCCUAGGUACCACGGAGCAGCUCAAGAAAACAAAAAUGCUUCGAAUUCUUCUUACUGAAGGCGCAAAUGACAACGGUCCACCAACCACGAAAGGACAGCCUGCGUUGUUACCAAAGAAGAUGGUACAGAGCAAACGGGACACUCCUCCAAGUGAUGUUGAUGAGGUCACCAGGUCUAUCAACAUUACAUUACCCGCGGAUGCCACAAUAUCACCGUAUUCUAAAAUCACUGCCUCACCGUUGGAUUACCACAAUUUCCGGCAGGAGCUUCUACAUAAAUACCCCGCUUAUAGUGCUCCGGCGGUUCCUAACUUUGUUACAAAGUCUCUUGUCGCAAGCCCCAAUGGGGAGCUCGGCUUUCCUACAGUCUUUACAUCAGCGUCUACGACUCCAUCGAUUUUGAAUCAACCAGUCCAUAUUGCUACUCCAGCACCAUCGCCUCCACCAUCGCCUGUUGCAGGCAAGGGUGGGAAGAAGCAUAACUACCAGACGAACAACAAUUUCCCUUUCCUGUAUCCUCCCACUGCCCUUGGAGGUUGGAAAGACGGUUGGGCCAAUAUGAAUUCUAGCGAUGUCGGUGUCCCAACUAGUAUUCGGGAAGGCGGUGACCUAUUCAGGUCGAGAGUUCGAGUUAGCCCUGCCUUACAACAGCUCGCCGAGGAAAAGGAACGUUUCCUAAAGUCAGAGCGAGGAUGGUCAGCAGCAGACUGCGAGCUGAAAAGUGACCAAGAGAAAAUCCGAGCUGCGUCAGAUGUUUGUCGGGACAAGCACAACGAAAUUCAAGUUCUAGAACGGGUCGAUGCUCUUUACCGUGACAUCCUUCCAUUCCUCCAAUCGUUUGUCAUUGUCUUGUUAAAGAUCACUCUAUCGAAUAUGUCCAUCACCAACCCCCCGGUCCCUCAGAAUGGAAGCAACGUUAGUGACAAGAAGGAUGAGGACCCAAACAAUGUUGGAGUCUUGGGCGAUGCACUCGAACUUGACGGUGUUGCUUUUAUGAGUAUGGAGGAACUCGAUAAACUCCGAAACAAAGAAAUCAUGAGCAAAGUGACGGGGGCGCUGUUCUUGUCAUUGCUGAAGUGGUUCCGUGUUUCACAUGUCUUGAAAUUCGAAUACUUGUCACAACUUUUGUUAGAUUCGAACUUUCUUCCACUAAUGUUGAAGAUUUACAGUCAACAAGAGGUGACUGCUGCGGUCGCGCUGAUAUCUGACAAAAAGGACUUCUCGUAUUUCCAAUUUUGCUCAAAGAACUCCGCAAGACAGUAUACGGCCCCGGUCCCACCUCCUAGACCCAGGGGGCAAUCUGACUCUUCAGACGAUGCCGUACCCCCACCUAUAAUGAGGAUCCGACGCAUCAACACCGAGCCUGAGCCUCCCAUUCUAGUGAAGCCAGACAGCAACGGCGAGGAGCCCACGAUUAUUACGGAAUUUUCGUGGAGGAAUUUCUUCACCACUGUUAAUUUCCUUCGCGUGAUGCAGAAAGUCUGCAAGGGCAAACCACAUCGAAAUCUUAUGUUGGUACAAUAUAAGAGUAGCACUAUACUAAGGAAACCACUCAAAGUUCCGCAAGAUGAGAUGAGACUGUAUACACUCAAGUUGUUUAAAGGGCAGGUACCCUUCUGUGGGAGGAAGUGGAGGCAAAGUAACAUGCGUGUGAUUACGUCGAUAUAUCUGUAUUGCCGGCCGGAGCUUAGAGAUGACUGGCUCGCAGCUUCAGAUAUUGAUAUCGAGGUUGAAGAAGCGAUGCCACAAGAACAGGCCCUCCGUGGGCUGAUUCACUUCUACAACCUCCAACACUAUCCUCAGCCGAUGACGCUAAUGGGAUUCGACCCCAACCUGCUAGCCGAAGAACGAAACUUCUUCACCCGAGAGCUGGAGAAAAUAGACUGGGGCCCCUCAUCGCUGGAGAACGAUGCAGAGGGGGAGGAGAUGGUCUGGGAUGGACCGCCACUUUUCCAGCCUUCUUAG